UUAUUCUAUAAAUAAACAUACAAUACAUGUGAGCUUCAAUCCAUUUCUACCUUAGACUUAGAGCAAUCAACCGAAAAAUCAUAUAAUUACUAAGCGGACACAAAAUUAAUUAAUUAAUAAAAGUUUGUUGGAGUUGGAACAAUGUGUUUGAUGUUUGUGUGCGACGAGGAUGAAAGGGUGUUGGGGAGACAAUUAGCACCAGGGGCGUGUCCAUAUUGUGGAGGAAUGGUGCAAGCAAUUGAUGUAGAGACUCAAUGGAGAUUUUGUUUUCUACCAUUUUGCUUUAAGACCAAACGCAGAUACUAUUGCACCAUUUGCACUCGUCGAUUAGAGGUUGUUUAACUUAAUUGCUAUACAACCAAUCAAUUAGUGGUUUUUUGUUUUAUCUCUUUUCUUGAUAGUGCCCAUGUUUAUUUGUAUUACUCAAUGAGAGCAAUAUAGUAAUGUUUCAGUUUUUGUUUUGUAUAGACAAUGUUCUAAUAUAUAAUUUGGUUUAUCAUUGACCAAUUUUAAAAAUGACUA